AUGAGAACUCAUACUGGUGAAAAGCCCUACAGUUGUCCAAUAUGCAAGAAAAGUUUCUCUCGACCACACCAUAAGGAAGACCAUAUGAGAACUCACACCCGUGAGAAUCGGAAGAAUACGGUUAUCUCACAUGCAACAAAAGCUUCUCUCAUUUACCAGCUAUGAAAGAUCAUAAUAGAACUCAUACCAUUGAGAAGCCGUACG